AUGUUGCUCUAUCUAGAAGCACAGAAAAAGGCACAACGGGAGCUCGAUGCCGUAGUAGGGCCGGAUACUAUACCUUCAUGGGGGCAUCUUGCGAAGCUCCCCUAUCUCAACGCAGUGGCCAAAGAAACUCUCCGAUGGCUGCCUGUAGGGCUCAAUGGAGCAAUUCCAUACGAAAGAUCACGAGAAGACCAUUAUCGUGGCUUCCGCAUCCCUAAGGGCAGUACGGUCAUCCUCGGCGUCUGGGCUGCCAAUCACCAGGAGCAAGAUUUUCCCAACCCACGAGACUUUAUACCCGAGCGCCAGGUCCAGAAUACCUCCAUUUUUGCAUCUCAUUCCGCUGCUACACCAAGAGAGCGCGGUGGUUACAGUUUUGGCUCGGGAAGAAGAAUGUGCCCUGGCAUACACGUUGCUACAAACAACCUCUUGAUUACUACGGCCAGGAUUCUAUGGACAUUCGACAUCCGCCCUACUACAGCCAACGGUCAAGAAAUCCAGGUUGAUCGUGAUGCAAUAGCCGAUUCCGCAGCAGGUCGCCCUGUUCCUUUUGCGUGCGAGAUUUUACCUAGGUCCAAGGACAGGACUGCCCUUAUCAGGGAGGAAUGGGAACGGUUAUCCAACCAGUAA